AUGGCAACCCGUGUAACACCGGAGCUGCUGGGCGCGUUGCAGCACGCACCCGAGCGCAUCCGCAACAUCUGCAUCCUAGCGCAUGUGGACCACGGCAAGACGACGCUCAGUGACAGCCUCGUGUCGGCCAACGGCAUCAUCUCGGAGCGACUGGCUGGCAAGGUGCGAUAUCUGGACAACACGGAGGAGGAACAAGUGCGUGGCAUCACCAUGAAGUCCAGCGCUAUCUCCUUAGUGUACCAACCCGAGCUUACAGCCGACAAAGAUCCGGAAGCGCCGUAUCUCAUCAAUCUCGUGGACUCUCCAGGCCAUGUGGACUUUUCCUUCGAUGUAUCCACUGCAGUUCGACUCUGUGACGGCGCCUUGGUGCUUAUUGACGCAGUAGAAGGAGUAUGCGCGCAAACACACGCUGUUAUCCGUCAAGCUUGGAAGGAAGGCAUCCGUCCAUGUCUAGUUAUUAACAAGAUGGAUCGUCUGAUCUUCGAGCUGCAAUUCUCGCCCAUGGAAGCUUAUCAGAGACUCAAUCGCAUCUUAGAACAGGCCAACGCAGUACUGAGCUCCAUGAUCAGGAUGGAUGUACUCGAGAAGUACGACCAAGAGGCUUCUAUUGGAGACGAGAACGGUACAAUCGACGCAGACACCGAUGACGAGGUGAUUUCCAACGAGACGGAGCAAUUAGAGAACGAAAUGCUGUUCUCUCCAUCGAACAGUAACGUUAUCUUUGCUAGUGCUACCGACGGCUGGGCCUUUGGUAUCGGAUACUUUGCAGCUUUGUAUGCGAAGAAAUUAGAGCUGCCUGUACGUGUGAUGCGCCAAGCAUUGUGGGGCGAGUACUACUACAACCACAAGAGCAAGAAGAUCGUGAGCAAACCGCCCACGUCUAGUAGCCAGACGAUGUUCUGUUCGUUCAUUCUCGACUUGAUCUGGACGACGUAUACGACGAUGACGAAGCCGGUGCAGUCGGAUGCGGACUUGGACGUGUUACGGAAACUCACACGACAACUUCGGAUUGCCAAGCUGGUUUCGGAUCGUGAUCUGAAGCAGACGGACCGGAAGAACGCGACUCAAGCGGUGAUGAGGAAGUGGCUGCCGUUGUCUACGACCGUGUUGAAGAUGGUGACGCGCGUUCUACCGAGUCCAGUGGCUGCUCAAGUAAAACGCGCCGACAAGUUGUGUACGAUCUCGUCCGACAAAUCGCUUCAAGUCUUCCGGUCUUUGCAAUCCUGUCAGACUUCGGAUGAUGCGCCGCUUGUUAUUUACAUUUGCAAGGUCAUUUCAGUGGAGGCCAAUGUGUUAUCGGAUUAUCACCAGUCCGGACUGGCUGCUACAGACGAGGUCUAUGUCGGCGUGGGUCGGGUGUACUCUGGUGUGCUUCGAGAAGGCCAGCCGGUGUAUGUGAUGGAUCCCAAGUUCCAAGGCGUAUCUGGAGACGUGGAUGUGGAUACAGUGGACUUGAAUACGGUGAAACACGUCACACGUAUUGACAGCGGGGUGGUGAAGCCGUACAUGAUGAUGGGACGUGAUCUACACAAGCUGGAUCGUGUUCCUGCUGGUAAUAUCGUCGGUGUUGUCGGUCUUCAGGAACAUGUUUUGAAGACGGCGACGUUGUCGUCAACCCUGGCGUGUCCUUCGUUGACGAAGAUGCCGUAUCAAGCCAAGCCGAUUGUCCGUGUGGCCGUGGAACCUGAAGAUCCGCGCCACUUUGGCGCUCUGGAAGCUGGUCUACAGCGUUUGUAUCGAUCUGAUCCUACCGUCGAAGUCCACGUGCAGGAGACUGGCGAACAUGUUAUUGUUGCACUGGGAGAGCUUCACUUGGAACGAUGUAUCAAGGAUUUGAAGGAUCGCUUUGCAAAAGUCGCAGUGCAAGUCUCCGAGCCUUUGGUGGGUUUUCGGGAAAGUAUCGUGAACGGAACGAUCUCUUCGUUCCAGGAGCACAUCGUGUUCAAAGACCUUCUCAAUCCCGAUACAAGCAAGGAGGACGCUCUUGAUAAAGACGAGCACUACGCUGAUACGCAAGAUCCGAAACGUGCGUUGGGAACAACUCCGGAUGGCACGCUGACUCUAAAGCUGCGUGCACUCCCAUUGCCUCUUGACACUGCAAAGCUAUUGGAAGAAAAUGCGCCACUGUUGAAACGUAUCACACACACCAAGAAACCCACAGACGAGACAGAAACCAAGGAAUUUGACCUGGAAUUGGAAGCUGCUGCACAGGAUAUCGCGGCUUUCCAGAAAAAAUUGGAGAAAUCGCUCCAAUUGAGUGACCACAGCUUGUUAAAGUCGCUACCAAUGCACCAGAUUUGGAGCUGUGGCCCUCGACGAGUAGGUCCGAACAUGUUGAUCAACAACAUUCCAGGAUACCAUUCGACUGGCUGCCUAUUCCCGUCAUACGCAACACAAGUUGAAGACUCAGAGAAAGCAGAGCAGAUCCGGAAACUGGAGAACAGCAUCGUGACGGGCUUCCAGAUGGCCUCCUCGGCUGGACCUUUGUGUGAUGAACCGGUAUGGGGCGUCGCGUUCAUCGUUGAAGACGUCGUUUUCCAUGAGAAAAGCGACGAUGUGUCAGAUGAAGAGGCGAGCAAGUACGGACCGCUUAGCGGACAGGUAAUCUCCAUUAUGCGGACCACUUGCCUCAUGUCCUUUGUGAAGCAGCCUGUGCGGUUAGUAGAGGCUGUGUAUGAGUGCACAGUGCAGUGUCAAGCCGAGCAGCUCGGCAAGUUGUACAGUGUCAUCUCGAAGCGACGAGGCGAUAUCUACUCGGAAGAGUUGUCCGAUGGGACAGCGCUAUUCACUGUGAAAGCUCACUUGCCAGUCGUGGAAAGCUUCGGCUUUGCCACCGACCUGUUGAUCCAGACGUCAGGAGCUGCUAGUAACCCACAACUCAUCUUCUCACACUGGAGUAUCAUCGACAUGGACCCGUUCUUCCAGCCGCAGACAGAGUUGGAGCGAGAGGACUUUGGCGAACGCGUCUACGAACACAACUACGUGAGACGAUACAUCGAAGCGGUACGUAAGCGCAAGGGUCUGUCGCGAGAUGAAAAGAUUGUUGUGCACGCCGAAAAACAACGCACUCUUAAAAGAUAA